AUGUCACGUGUUCCGUGUGGACGGAUAUGUCAUCAGGAAAGGAUGGAAGUAACGUUGCAUAGUUAUGCACGUGGAUCAUUCGGUUUAGUUGUACAUGAUCAAAUUUCAAAAUCGCAUUUAUCUCAACCAAAACGUCGACCACUUUUCAUUUCAUAUAUGGAAAAAAAUUCACCUGCUGAGAGAAGUGGAGUAUUACAAGUUGGUGAUCGUAUCAUUGCUAUCAAUGAUUGGAGUAGCAUAAAUGGUACCGCUGAAGAAGGAAAUCAAAUACUAAGGCAAGCGACAAGCCCGUUGAAAUUAUUCGUUGAAUUUGAUGUAAUUGAAAGUGCUUUACCAUUUGAUGGAGUUUUUGAUGUGAAAUUAGCAAAAAGAGGAAAUAAUCUUGGUAUUGUGGUUAGAAGUGAAGCAGAAAAUACGAAGGGUGAACCAGUUAUCAUAUCAGAUGUACAAGUUGGAAGCGUUGCUUAUCGUUGUGGAUCUCUUCAUAGUGGUGAUCGUAUUUUAGCAGUUGAUAAUAUUCUAUUGGAAUCAUGUACUGUUGAGGAAGCAAUGCGUUUAUUGCAACGUACCGGUGAUAUUGUUAAAUUACGAGUUCGUAAAGGUGUUACUUCUGGACAGGUGUUUAAUUCUUAUUAA